AUGAGUCCUCCGACCGCCGAAGACCAGGCUGCACUUAUCAAGCAGUUUCGCCAACGACUUGUUGAGGAGGACCUCAUACACGAUGGCGAUACCAUUGGCACAGACGAUUGGACACUUGUACGAUUUCUCCGUGCUCGGCAGUAUGAUCUAGAUGCAGCAACAACGAUGUGGGCCACCAGCCAAGAGUGGCGCAAAACCAUCGGAGGAGUGGGCAUAGAUGAGCUAUUCAACGCGGAGGAUCCAUAUGAUUAUCCAGAACGCGAAAAGGUGUUCGAUUACUGGCCGAUGUGGUUCCACAAGACCGACAAGGAAGGUCGCCCGUUGAACAUCCAACUCUACGGUGGGAUCAACAUGCCAGAGCUAUAUAAGCAUAUCACCCCCGAGAAGUUCUGGCACAGCAUUGUCACGACGGCAGAGAGUAUACCCCGGGAGGUCAUGCCAGCAGCCUCGCGCGAAGCAGGGAAACAAAUAGAUGGGACAUUUGUAAUAGUAGACUUGAAGGGAUUCGGGCUGACUCAAUUCUGGCAAAUGAGGAACAUGGUCAGGGAUUCGUUUCAGAUGACGCAAGAUAACUACCCAGAGAUGAUGGCCAAGUUCUUCAUCAUCAACGCGCCCUAUUCGUUUACAACGAUUUGGUCCGUCGUCAAGCUCUGGAUUGCUAAGGAGACACUAGCGAAGAUAGACAUCCUUGGCUCCGAUUACAAGUCCGUCCUCCUUACCCACAUCGAUCCAGAGAAUCUGCCAGAGAGCAUGGGUGGAACUUGCAGGUGUGAGGACGUUGGUGGAUGUAAAUGGAAGAAGCCACCUCGCCGAUAG